GUCCCCGGCACCGGCACCGCACGGCACCCGGCACCGGCACCAGCACCCGGCACCCGGGCCGUCGGCGGCCGCACGGACACACUGCGAGCAGGGGCCGGCCAUGCAGGAGCCGCUGCUGGGAGCCGAGGGCCCGGAUUAUGACACCUUCCCCGAGAAGUCGUCCCCGUCGCCGGGGGACAGGACGCGGGUCAGGGCCCCACAGAACAAGAGGGUGUUCCUGGCCACCUUUGCUGCCGUGCUGGGCAAUUUCAGCUUCGGGUAUGCCCUGGUCUACACGUCCCCUGUCAUUCCUGCCUUGGAGCACUCCCUGGACCCUGACUUGAAGCUGACCAAAGCCCAGGCAUCCUGGUUUGGGUCUGUGUUCACAUUGGGCGCAGCAGCGGGGGGCCUCAGCGCCAUGGUCCUCAAUGACCUCCUGGGCCGGAAGCUCAGCAUUAUGUUCUCAGCUGUGCCGUCAGCAGCUGGCUACGCGCUCAUGGCAGGUGCACACGGCUUCUGGAUGCUGCUGCUGGGGAGGACGCUGACAGGCUUCGCUGGGGGACUCACAGCGGCCUGCAUCCCGGUAUACGUGUCUGAGAUUGCUCUUCCAGGAGUCCGUGGGGCCCUCGGGGCCACACCCCAGCUCAUGGCCGUGUUCGGAUCUCUGUCCCUGUACGCACUUGGCCUCCUGCUGCCGUGGCGCUGGCUGGCUGUGGCCGGGGAAGGGCCUGUGCUCAUCAUGAUCCUGCUGCUCAGCUUCAUGCCCAACUCACCCCGCUUCCUACUCUCGCGGGGCAGGGACACGGAGGCACUGCGGGCGCUGGCCUGGCUCCGUGGGGCCGACGCCGACAUUCGCUGGGAAUUCGAGCAGAUCCAGGACAACGUCCAGAGACAGAGCACGCACAUGUCGUGGGCUGAGGCUCGGAACCCCCACAUGUACCGACCCAUCCUCAUCGCCUUGGUAAUGCGCUUCCUGCAGCAGCUGAUGGGCAUCACGCCCAUCCUUGUCUACCUGCAGCCCAUCUUCGAAAGCACUGCCAUCCUGCUGCCCCUCAGCCCUGGUGGCUUCCUCCCUGCAGCCCCCAAGGAUGACGCAGCCAUUGUGGGGGCCGUGAGGCUCUUCUCUGUGCUGAUUGCUGCCCUCACCAUGGACCUGGCUGGCCGCAAGGUUCUGCUGUUCGUCUCAGCCACCAUCAUGUUUGCUGCCAACCUGACGGUGGGGCUGUAUGUCCACUUUGGCCCGAAGCCUCUGACCCCCAACAGCACCAUGGGCCUAGAGAGCAUACCCCUGGGGGGCACAGAGCAGCCCCUGGCCACACCCUCCAGCUACCUCACCCUGGUGCCCCUGGUGGCCACCAUGCUCUUCAUCACAGGCUACGCCAUGGGCUGGGGGCCCAUCACCUGGCUCCUCAUGUCGGAGAUCCUGCCCCUGCAGGCCCGUGGCGUGGCCUCGGGGCUCUGCGUGCUAGUCAGCUGGCUCACUGCCUUUGCUCUCACCAAGUCCUUCCUGCUGGUGGUGAAUGCCUUCGGCCUCCACGUGCCUUUCUUCUUCUUUGCCGCCAUCUGCUUGGCCAGCCUGGUGUUCACCGGCUGCUGCGUGCCGGAGACCAAGGGCCGAUCGCUGGAGCAGAUAGAGUCCUUCUUCCGCACCGGGAGGAGGUCCUUCCUGCACUAGGUCAGGGUCCCCGCCCACAGUGGGCCAAACCACUGGGCGCAGGGCCUCUCCGCUGGUCAGGAGCCUGCACACCAAGGCCGGGAGGCGGCAGCCAAGUGCCAUCAGACGGAGCACAGGAGGACGGGACAACAACAG